AUGGUAAAACACCACACGGACUGGCACCACAGUCAUCACGACUUGAAGGACUUGUUUCACAAGCACGGCCACAGCCAUCACGGCUCUGCUUCGAGUAGAGACUGGCUUCACAUUCACGACCUUGUCUCACUGGUGAAGCACCACAAGGACGGACAUCACAGCUCUGAGUCUGCUGGCCGGCUUGCUGUCUCUGCUGAUAAAAUUGCAGCGGCGGCAGCAGAAGAAGAAGCAGCAGCUACAGCCACGGCUUCUGGUGUUACUGAGAAUGGGCAUGCUGUGGCAGAACAGGUAGCAGGAACUGUAGCGGAGACUGUAGCAGGAACCGUAGCAGGGCGUUUUACGCACCCAGCCCAUUCCUCUCCUCCCAGCACCUGUCACUCUCCUUCUGGGCUGAGUCUCAAGUCACACCUUCCUUCUCUAUCCCCUCCUGUCACCCCCUCAUCUCGAUCCGCUCCUCUCUCUCCCUCAUCCCAAUCCCCUCUCACUCCCUCGUCCCCGUCUGCUCCUCGCUCCAGCCUAAAAUCACCUGCUACCUCUGCAGCUUCUUCUCCCGGAUUCGGCUUCCCCUCUGCUCGCCUUUCUAACCUGAAAUCAGCCAGCGCCAUUGCAACUUCGUCCGACUCACUUUUGAGAGUUCAUGAGUCAUUUUCAGGCACCCUAUCCCCCUCUGCUCGCGUUUCUAAUCUGAAAUCAGCCAGCACCACUGCAGCAUCGUCAGACUCACUUUUGAGAAUUCUCAGCAGUGAAACUCUAUCCCCUUCUGGUCGCCGCUCCAGCCUCAAAUCAGCCAGCACCACCGCAGCUUCUCCAAGUGCUGGCAAGCGGGUGUCCUGGAGUAUUGACCCGGAUAGCCCGUCUGCCUCUAAAUCACCGGGAGGAGGGGGGGCUAGAUCACCGGGAGGUGGCGGUUACCGAUUCACGCGCGGCUUGCAGCAGCUGAUUCUCCAAGCGGGUUGGAAGCUUCUGGAAGUGGGGAAGCAGGGGGGAGGAGAGGAGCGAGUUUUGAGGCGCCUCAAAAGCAGAUUCACGGGCGGCUUGCAGCAGCUGAACUUCCAAGCGGGUUGGAAGCUCCAGGAAGCGGGAUUACUUCUAGUCAACUCGAAUGGUGUGCUGCAAGUAGGGAAGCGAGAGGGUGGAGAGAGGGAAGUGGAGGGAGAAAAGCACGCUGGAGAGAGCUCCGGUAGUGAAGAUGCUAGUAAGGGGACGUGCAGCACAGAGUGCUUUUCCGGGUUCAUGCUGCUGACGUCGCCUGCCAUUGGCCCGUUUGAUGCUGACGUGGCACACAUGGAAGUCCCUCUUUGCUCCAAGUAUUUCGGAGCUUGCACUGCUGCUACAGAUGCAAAGCCUACGGUUACAGAUGUGGGGUUAGCUGCUACAGCUUCAGGAUCUGCUGCUGCCGUGACUGCUGCUGCUGCUGAUGCUGCUGCUACUACUGGCGCUGCUGCUGCUGCUCUUACUGCUGGUGUUCCCUCUGCCGGCCCCUCACCUGGGUUACCCCACCACCCAGCAUCGCAACCCCUUGCAGUUGCUUCGGGAUCAGUCCGACUCUCUCCACUUGGAGCCCUCGCUUUCUCGCCUCAGCAGGUCAGUUGUGUUCAUACCAUUCAGGUGAUUCAGGUGGUUCAGGCGAUUGAGAUGGUUCAGGCGAUUGAGAUGGUUCAGGUGAUUCAGAUGGUUCAGGUGAUUCAGAUGGUUCAGGUGAUUCAGACGGUUCAGGUGAUUCAGAUGGUUCAGGUGAUUCAGAUGGUUCAGGUGAUUCAGGUGGUUCAGGUGAUUCAGAUGGUUCAGGUGAUUCAGGUGGUUCAGGUGAUUCAGAUGGUUCAGGUUCAGCUCAUGCAGGUGUCAGAAUGCGUCAUGAGCUCUACACCCACCUGCACCCCCCCUUCUCCCCCUUCUCCCUCUGCUCCUCAGCUGGCCAGCGCCAUGUGCUACCACAUGCGUCUGUUCGGCAUGGCGUUGGACCGAUGGGACCUCAUGCACCAUGCUCCCACCCUCGCCCACGCUGCCGCUUCUGCCGCUGCUUCUGAAUCUGCCGCUGCAGGGGCUGCAGCUGAGGCUCAUGCUGCGGCUGCUGCUUCUCCUGCAGCACCGUCCGUGCCUCCCACGCCCAUCAGCACCGCUGUGCGCCCCUUUGGCGCCUUCUGGACCGCAUCCCACUACUGCCUCGUGCUGCCCUGCUUGGUGAGGGGAGGGGAAGAAAGAGGAGGAGAGACAGCGGAAGAUUGGAGAGAGGCAGAUGGAAGAAGGAGGGAAGGAGGGAGAGGGGCGAAUGCAGGCAGGGAAGGUGAAGGGGUGGAUGCAGGGGAGCAGGGGGGAGGGGGUGACGGCAUGAGCAGGGGAGGGGAUGAUGAUAUGAUGCGCGUGUUGAUGGGGAGGGUUGACUGGGAGAUGGUGGACCGGGUGGUGUCUCUGGGAGGCAACAGGGGAGCGGCCUCUCGUGCCCGUGCACGUGAUGCUGCUGCUGAUAUUGAUCCUGCUGGUGGCGCUGGUGCUGGUGGUGGUGGUGGUGGUGCUGCUGCUGCUGCUGCUGCUGCUGCUGCUGCCGACACUAAUGCUGCUGCCGCUGAUACCAAUGCUACUGCUGCUGAUACCAAUGCCGCUGCUGCUGAUGCCAAUGCCGCUGCUGCUGAUACCAAUGCUGCUGUUCCAGGCACCGCUCAGGAUGCCCCUGCUACCAUGCCUCUGCUCGUCUGUGCUCGUGGGCCUGUGGAGGAACGAGAACUGCACGGCAUGGUGGCAUGUGCGGUGCAUUCGCGUCUGGUGUACCAGUUAGUGGGGAGGGAUCCGGAAGGGAGGACAGCACGCAGUGAUUUCGUGGGGCCGCAUGGAGGCACUUUCCAACAGUACUUCCACAACCACAACUGGCAAGAGGAGUUUCUCACCCUCCUGUGUCUGCACCAGGAGGAGUUUCUCACCCUCCUGUGUCUGCACCAGGAGGAGUUUCUCACCCUCCUGUGUCUGCACCAGGAGGAGUUUCUCACCCUCCUGUGUCUGCACCAGGAGGAGUUUCUCACCCUCCUGUGUCUGCACCAGGAGGAGUUUCUCACCCUCCUGUGUCUGCACCAGGAGGAGUUUCUCACCCUCCUGUGUCUGCACCAGGAGGAGUUUCUCACCCUCCUGUGUCUGCACCAGGAUGAGUUUCUCACCCUCCUUAAGCCGGGCGGUCUCACGAAUUUUGAGGCACUUCGCCCUUCGCCGCUCAUCUCCUGUCCAUCGUCCCACCCUCCUUUCCAUCGUCCAACCCUCCUUUCCAUCGUCCCACCCUCCUUUCCAUCGUCCCACCCUCCUUUCCAUCGUCCCACCCUCCUUUCCAUCGUCCCACCCUCCUUUCCAUCGUCCCACCCUCCUUUCCAUCGUCCCACCCUCGUUUCCAUUGUCCCACCCUCCUUUCCAUCGUCUCACCCUCCUUUCCAUCGUCCCACCCUCCUUUCCAUCGUCCCACCCUCCUUUCCAUCGUCCCACCCUCCUUUCCAUCGUCCCACCCUCCUUUCCAUCGUCCCACCCUCCUUUCCAUCGUCCCACCCUCCUUUCCAUCGUCCCACCCUCCUUUCCAUCGUCCCACCCUCCUUUCCAUCGUCCCACCCUCCUUUCCAUCGUCCCACCCUCCUUUCCAUCGUCCCACCCUCCUUUCCAUCGUCCCACCCUCCUUUCCAUCGUCCCACCCUCCUUUCCCUUACAUCACCCGCUUCCCUUUCCCCCACCUCAGUGGACACUUGGGACCUCGUCAACAGGGCCGUCCAAUUCAGUCGAGACGGGCAGAUGUCCGAACCUGCCAGCGCUACAGAGGGGACGGCUGUAGCUGACAUGGCUGUAGCAGACAUGGCUGUAGCAGACAUGGCUGUAGCUGACAUGGCUGUAGCUGACAUGGCUGUAGCUGACAUGGCUGUAGCUGACAUGGCUGUAGCUGACAUGGCUGUAGCUGACAUGGCUGUAGUGGGCAAGGCUGGAGAAGAGACGGUUGGAGCAGACACUUUUGUAGCAGACAAGGCUCUGGCUAAUGAGGCUGCAGAAGUUGAGGCUGUAGCAGACACGGCUGCAGCAAACUCGGUUGCAAUAGACAAUACUACAGCAGAGAAAGAGCAGCAGCAGCAACAAGGCACGGGGGAGGAGGAGGCAGCUAAGGCGCAGCAGCAGGGCAGGGAGAAGGGCAGGGGGCGGCAAACAUCGUACCUCCCAUUGGAGCUACUGGUGCCGGUGCUGCCACUGCAGCACGUGCUCUUUGCCUCGCUGCUCCCCUCGCUGCUCUCCCGGCUUGACUGCCUGCUCACUGCCUGGGACAUCCGGCGGUUCAUUGUGCGGCAGUAUGGGUGUGAGCGGCAGGGUCGGAGCUGUGGUGGUGGCGAGCACAGGGAGGGUCAGCAGCAGCAGGAACCGCAUUUUCCUGCUAUUGAUCUGCUGCGCGCCCUGACAUGCCCCGGCACCACGGAGAGCGGUGUGGGCACAUACGAGAGUGACAAACUCCUGCGCGCCCUCACCUGCCCCGGCACAACAGAGAGCGGUGUGGGCACCUAUGAGUCAGACGAGGUGCUGGGAGACAGCUGCGUGCAGCUAGCCGCCUCCUGCCACCUUUUUGCCACUAGCUUGCCACGUCAGCCGCCGCAUGGCAGGCAUGGGAACGGCCAGAGUAAUGGGAACGACGACUCAGCAGCAUACACUGCGAGAAAUGCCUCGAUGCCAUCGCAUGCGCUGCACAGCCAGCCUACCCAGCCGACAUACGAUGACAUGAAGGGGCAGUGCGUGAAGCUGGUAUCCAACAAGCAUCUGGCAGCGCUGGCAGUUAAAGCCGGAGUGCCUGCCCUCGUCCGCAGCAAGCCAUUCAGACCCUCUGACUGGAUCGGCCCUCUCAUCCCACCCUCCCACGCUGUGCUGCUUCUGGCUGACUCCCUUUCUCACUCACUCCCCCCACCACACUCGCUUUCAGACUCCCUCGCACACACUCAGUCACAAGCAACAGCAUCUCCUCCUUCGUCCCCCUCUCGGGCUACUGCAGCUUCCCAGAACCUUCCGCCUAGCCCGAAAGCCCUUUUGGACUCUGCCUUCGCCUCGCUGGCAUUAGCGCAGGCAGCAGCCACGGCCAAGUCAGCGCGCCAGCUCGGCAAGAAAACCCUCGCUGACGUGGCGGAGGCCUUGGUGGGCGCCAGCUGGCGGUGCGGCGGCGCUGAAAUGGCGCUGCCAAUGCUGAGGUGGCUGGGCCUGCCCACGGAGGGCGUGGGGGAGCUAUUGAGGGGAGAGAUGACGUGGAGGGGGAGAGCGGCGGAGGGAAUGGUGAUGGGAAAGGGGGAGGACGUGGUGGAGGGAUGCAUCAAGGGAGUGGCAGAGGAAGGAGUACCAGGCGUUGUAGGAAAGCCAGAUAUGGCACUAGAAACGAAAGGAGCAGCAGCAGCAGCAGCAGAAGAAGAAGAAGAGGGAACAGCAGCAGUGGCAGAAAAAGUGGCGGCAGCACGAGAGUCGGAGCAAAGGGUGAGUGGCAGGAAGCACGCUCUGGAAUCACCUGGAGAGGCGCCCCUGCUGCCAUUUCAGCCACCAGAGAAGCGCGCCAAGCUGCAUGAGCAGCGGCAGGGCGUGCUGGUUUCAGAAUCCUCAUUGCCUGUCUCUCUCUGUCAGCAGCAAUCUCUCCCACCUAUCUCACCUCCAUCCGACAACGCACCGUCAGGUCAGCCGAUACGCCAGCCCGGCUUCCUGAAACCUUCUGUUACCAGAACGAACUGCAAACGCCACGUGGCAACACCUGAUAGGCUGUCAGAGCUGGAAGGUGCGAUGGGGUAUCGAUUCAGAAAUGAGGGGAUACUGAGGGAGGCGAUAAGCGAGGGGGAGUUGAAGUGGCAGAGGCGGUUUGUGUUUCUGGGGGAAGCUGUGCUGGACUUUCUAGUCAUGCACCACAUGGUGCAAGCAACAUCUGGGGCGGCCCAUUCUCCUGCUGCCACGUCACCACGUGCCAUGUCAUCAGGUGCCAUGUCAUCGCACGCUGCCACGUCAUCGCACGCCGCCCGGCCGUCCCCGCACCAGCUGACGAACCUGCGCAAGGCUGUGAUCCACUCGGAGCGGUUCUGCCAGCUGGCAGCGUGCCGUGGGCUGCUGCGAUUGAGGAUAGAGGAGGGGACGAAUGAAAGGGUAGAUGCCAGUGGUUCCAGUCACAUGAAUCCUGCUCACACGGACUCCACUCACCUGGGUUCUGCUUCAUUAAAUCCUGCUCCCAUCGGCUCUGCUCCCGCUAACAUUCGCCUGGAUGGCGUAAGAAGUCAUUGGGAGGGCAUGGAGGUUGACGAGAAAGAUGACGAGGAUGAUGGAGGGCAGAAGCCGUUUCCCAAGGACGUCUCUGAUCUCAUCAAGGCCCUCACGGCAGCAGUCUUCCUCGACUCCACUCCUCCACACGCCCCUCCCACCGCACUCAACCCCAUUGCACCUCACCCUCUCCAUCCUCCAUGCCCUCUCGCCCGCACGUGGCACGUGGUUUCUUCUUGGCUAUGCCCCAUCCCUCUGCUGCAUCCCCUCUCCCUGCACCCGCCCUCCGCCCUGCUCCUCUUCUGCUGCGCCCUCGCCCUCCCCGCCCCCAUCUACCUGCCCAGGGCGCAGGGGGGCGGGGGAGGGGGGGAGCAGUGGGGGGGAAACUGGGGGGAGGGGUGGGGGGAGGAGUGCGGGGGAGAGUGGGGAAAAGGGGAGGAAGGGGAAGGGGAAGGGGAAGGGGAAGGGGAAGGGGCGUGGAAGGACGAGGAGAGUGGGAGGGACGGAGGGAUGGUGUGUGGGAGCAGUGUUGGGAGGAGAGGAGGGGAGAAGGGGGAGGAGGGGGAGAACGGGGAGGAGGGGGAGGAGGGAGUGGAAAAUGGGCUGUGUGAAAAGGGCGUGGGGGGAAGAGGAGGCGGAGGAGGGGAGGGAGAGGAGGACGGGGUGGUGAUGGAAGUGGAGGUGAGGGGAGUGGUGCUGGGAGAGGGGUGGGGGAUGGAUGACGUGGCAGCAACGGUGGAAGCAGCUGGUGGCGUGCUGAAGACGGCCAAGACUGUACAGGGCUUCAGGCAGCUGUUCCAGGAGGCAGAGGGGAUGCGCGUGCUGGGGGCCAUGAGGGCCACAUGGGAGACGCAGGCAGAGGAAGGCGAGGCGGGAGGAAAGGAGGGUGAAGUAGGGAAGGAGGGAGCGGGAGGAGAAGGUGCAGCAGGUACGGAGGAAGUUCGGCCUGAGGGUGGCUUGAUGAUUGGAGGAAAUAGUGAUUGUAAUGGUGGGCAGAAGAAGGCUGGAGGGAAGAAGAGGAAGCGGGGGAAGUCUGGAAAAGGGUUGGCAGCAGCAGAAGCUGCACUCGUAGCAGCAAGCGGAGACGAUGCAGCACUGGGAAGGGAGAUUACAGUAGGUUCGGCUGCUCCAGACGCCUUGGUUGGACCCCGAGGCUGUGAGCCAGGUCCGGCGGCUAUAUCUGCCCUGAAUCACACGUGCAUGGCGCGGCGAUGGACGGCAGUGUACAGUGAGAGAAUCAUAUCUCCAACUGCUCACACCGAGGCUGCCUUAGGCAGUAACGGAUUGGCACAAGGUGGGGGCACUACUGGGAGUGCUCCUGCUGCUGCUGCUGCUGCUGCCACAGUUGUGGGGGAUGUUCCAGUGGACGGUGGUGAAUCUGCCGAUGGUGGUGUAAUCAACGGUGGUAAUUCCACUCACCCCCUUAUGGGCCUGCUUCCUUUCCUGCGCCCCUUCCUCCCCCUCGUCCUCCGCGCGUGGCUCUGCACCGCCGUCGCCCUCACCUCGCUGCUCCUCUUCAUCCCCCGCUUCGGCGCCCUCACCACCCUCCUCGCUCAAGGUGAAUUCCCAAGGCGAUCUCCGCGCGCUCUUCCAUGCGACAGGUGUCGCGCUGCUACUGGUAGCAGCCCGGUCGGCAGCGACGUACUGGCAGGACGCGUGGCUGUGGGAGGCGGCUGCUCACAACACCCCCCCCCCUCCAUCCACAUCUUCCCCGUCCUCCCCCCCCACCCACCAGGCGACCUUAAGGCGCUCUUCCGUGCGACAGGUGUGGUGCUGGCACUCGUAGCAGCCCGGUCAGCAGCGACGUACUGGCAGGACGCAUGGCUGUGGGAGGCCGCGAGCGGCGUCACUCUGGCCGUUCGCUCCCAGGCCUGGCACCACCUGCUGGGGGCGGACCUGGGGUUCUUUGAAGGGCGCGGAGGUGGGCGGGUCGGAGGGGGAGAAGGAGGGCGAGGAGGAGGGGGCGCAGGUGGGAAGGGAAGAGGAGGGGGAAGGGAGGCGGAUAAAGAGGCGGAAAUAGGUGCAACAGGAGAGGCUGCAGCUGUGCCAAGAGAUGCAGUAGCGACAGCACCAUCGGCUGUAGCAACAGGGGACCUGGUGUAUAGGUUGACGGCAGAGGCGAGGGAGGUGGGCGAGGUGGUGUUUGCGGUGCUCAAGGCGGCGGUGCCAGCUGUCUGCCAGGUGGCAGUCAUGCUGACGCGGAUGGUCCAGCUCAGCCCAGUGAUGACGCUGGCGACUCUUUGUCGUCCCACUCAUGUCAGUCAUCAUCGCCACGCUCGGCGAGAGGGUUCGCCGCGUCUCCUCAGAAGCCCAGGCCUCUGUGGCGGCCCUCUCAGCGCGGAUCACCGAGGUCCUCCCGGCCAUGCUGCUCGUCUCUGUGACCCCCUUCCAUACCCCUCCCAUCAGGUGGUACCACUCAUGUCAGUCAUCAUUGCCACACUGGGGGAGAGAGUUCGCUCUGUCUCCUCAGAAGCGCAGGCGUCCAUCGCGGCCCUCUCAGCGCGGAUCACCGAGGUCCUCCCAGCCAUGCUGCUCGUCAAGGCACACGCAGCCGAGCCCUACGAGGCGCUCCUGUUCCGCCACCUGGCGGAAGCUGAUAGGUCCGCCCGGCUGCGAAAGAAGCGGCUGAAAGCGCUGUUUCCCGAGGCGAUCACGGCGGCGUAUGCGGCGGCAGUGGUGGUGCUGUUUGGAGUGGCCACGUGGGCAGUGGGGCAGGGCGGGCUAACGGGUGCCGGGAUCGUCUCCUUCUUCACGUCGCUUGUUCUUCUCAUCGAACCCAUUCAGGCGAUCACGGCAGCGUAUGCGGCGGUGGCGGCAGUGGUGGUGCUGUUUGAAGUGGCCACGUGGGCCGUGGGGCAGUUUCUGGGGCUGGGAUCGUCUCUUACCAGGGCUGGGACGUGUUUAGGGUUUAGAGAAGGAUUGUCUCCUUCUUCACCCCCACCCAUUCAGGUGAGUGCAGAUGAGACCGCAGCAGGCACUGCAUUCAACGAGCUGAAGCAGGGCCAGCCAGCCAUUGAACGCGUGCUCGCCCUCACACGCUUCAACCCACCGCACUCCACUGCUUCCCACUCCUCCUCCUCCUCCUCCUCCUCCUCCUCCUCCUCCUCCUCCUCCUCCUCCUCCUCCUCCUCCCCCUCCCCCACCCUUCAAGAAGUGGAAAAAGACAUUGGAAGGCUAGAGGGAGACAUUGAGUUCCAAGGGGUUCUUUUUUCGGGCACGGUGGCGCAAAACAUUGCAUACGGGCAUCUGGAAUACCUCUCUUUGGAAUCUUCCAACCUGCCCGGAAAGGCAGCAAAUUUGGCAAUGGUGGAGCGAGCUGCCCGCCUUGCCAACGCACAUGAAUUCAUUUCUGCUCUGCCCGAAGGCUACUUCACCCAGCUGGGCCCGCGAGGGGCGUCUCUCAGUGGCGGGCAGAGGCAGAGGCUGGCCAUCGCCCGAGCCAUCUUCAACGACCCUGCCAUCCUCGUGCUGGAUGAAGCCACGUCAGCACUGGACAGCCAAUCAGAGGCUCUCGUUCGCGACGCUCUGCGCCGCCUCAUGGUCGGCCGAACGGUGCGUGUGUGUAGGAGUGGGUGGUGGGGUGGAGGGAAGGGUGGAGGGAGGGGUGGAGGGAGGGGUGGAGGGAGGGGUGGAGGGAGGGUUGGGGUUGAAAAGACGGUGGGAGAUGGGGGGAAGUCAAUGUUCUGUGUCGCCUCAUGGUCGGUUGACGGUGCGCGUGUGGUGGAGAAAGGGGGGAGGGGAAAGGGAAGGGGUGGAUGGGGGGAGUCAACACUCUGUGUUGCCCCAUGGUUGGCCGAACGGUGCAUGUGUGGAGGAGUGGGUGGGGGGAGAGGAGCUGAGGAGAGGCGAGGGGUGUGGGAGGAGAUGACGUGUUGGAGAGUUGGGGAGAGGGACUGGGACUGGCCCAGGGAGCACCACUUUCACGCCUGA